CCCAUGGAGACAGUUACAAGGAACAAGCUUUGCUCUUGGAUUUGAAAAGAAAAAGAGACCUUCUGUACCGAAUUUAUUUUGGUACAAAAUGCCUCCGACUCUCUUCCAGAAACUUUUCAACAAGAGAAAUGCGUUUUCGUCGCCGCCCCCGAGAUGUAGCAAAGAGGACCCAGCAUUCAGCUGGCCAAUCCCCCAGCUGGAGCCCAGUCAGAUCAGGCUGAUAGUGUACCAGGACUGCGAGAGGCGUGGCAGAAAUGUCCUCUUCGACUCCAAUGCCAAAAAGAGGGGCACGGAGGAAACCCCCAUCACCAGCACUGAGGGCCAGGUGAAGAUGUUCGGGAAAUGCUGCCAGCUCCGUCCUACUGGAGGCAGCAGCAGUUCCCUGGACAGCUCCUCCUCCUGCACCUCAGAAAGUAAAGAAACAAAGGAGCAGGGCCUCCGCUUCCAGGGUUCAAGGUGUUCCUCUGAUGUGGUUAUGCUGGGGGAAAUGAUGUUUGGCUCCGUGGCUAUGAGCUACAAAGGUUCCACGCUAAAAAUCCACCAGAUCAGAUCACCACCUCAGCUGAUGCUGAGUAAGGUCUUCACAGCCAGGACGGGAGGUAGUGUGUACGGCAGCCUCAACACGUUACAGGACAGCCUUGAGUUCAUUGGACAGGACAGCAACACCCUAAGGCCUGAUCAGAACACCGGGCCCAACAGCCUCCUAGGCAACAUAGGAUUUUCUCAGCUCUGCAGCCCUCGACGGGCCUUCUCUGAACAGGGCCCUCUGCGCCUCAUCAAGAGCGCAUCUUUCUUUUCAGGCCACAGUCACCCCAUGGACAUGCCUGGCCGAGGGCUUUACGACGAGAGGGACAGCGGCAUCGCCAGGUCAGCUUCUCUGAGCAGCCUGUUGAUCACUCCCUUCCCAUCUCCUGGCUCCUCCCUGACCAGCAGUUGUGCGUCCAGUUACCAGCGCCGAUGGCUCCGCAGCCAAACCACCAGCCUGGAAAAUGGCGUCUUCCCUCGAUGGUCAGUAGAGGAGAGCUUCAACAUGUCUGAUGAAAGUGGUGGUCCAAGCCUUGGCGUGGCUCGUAAGAAGAAGAUUGCCAUUGGUGUCAUCUUCAUGCUGUCCCCCAACCCUGAGGAGAACAACCGCUUCCAAGAUUUCUUUUUCUCCCACUUCCCCCUCUUUGAAAGCCACAUGAACAAACUCAAGAGUGCUAUUGAACAGGCCAUGAAGAUGAGUCGGCGGUCAGCUGAUGCCAGUCAGAGGGCCUUGGCUUACAGUCGGAUGGUGGACGGACUCAACGAGUUCAGGAUGACCAUCUGCGACCUCUACACCAUGCCCCGGGUGGCCGAGCCCGUCUGGUUGACUAUGAUGUCCGGAGCGUCUGAGAAGAACCAGCUCUGCGGUCACUUCAUGAGGGAGCUCUCUCUGCUGAUGGAGCAGACCUCCAAGAACCAAUUCCUUCCUGCGUUAUUGACAGCCAUCCUGACCAAUCAUCUGGCCUGGGUGCCCACCGUCAUGCCUAAUGGGCAGCCUCCAAUCAAGAUCUUCCUCGAGAAACACUCCUCCAAAAGCGUUGACAUGCUGGCAAAAACACACCCCUACAACCCACUCUGGGCACAGCUUGGAGACCUAUACGGGUCCAUUGGGUCACCGGUGAGGUUAUCGAGGACUGUGGUGGUAGGCCGCAGACAGGAGCUUGUCCAGAGACUCCUCUAUGUCCUCACCUACUUCAUCCGCUGCUCCGAGCUGCUGGAGACCCACAUGCUGGACAGCGCUGAGGAUGAGGCCAUUGUCAUGCCAGGCUCCCUCAUCACCACCUCCCUAAGAAAGGGAGAGGUGGAGGAGUCGGACUAUGUCCUGGUUACAGUCCACAAACCCAGCGGGGACUACUUGUCCCAAGGGGCCCAUAGCCAGCAGACUGAUGCAGAGGACAGCAGCUACCCUUCAGACAACAGUCUCCAGAGCAGCACUUACACAGACACAGAGGUGGAGCAUGGUGCUGGGGACACACCCAAGGAGGAAGAUGAAGAGGAGGAGGAUGAGGAGGAGGACAGCAGUGAGAGUCAAGGGUCCAGGAGCAGUGUGCUUCAGACGGGACACAGCCAGGGUAACAACCCUAUUAUCAGGACUACAGAGGCAGGUGAACCUCAGGAACUGCGUAGGGAGUCAAGCAGCCCACUGGCCACAGAGGCCAGACUGGAGACGGUGCUGCGUGUUGGCUCGGCUUCCCCCAGGGAGCAGGUCUGUGUGCUGGAUACAGAGACCAAGGGAGACCUGAAACUUAUUGUCCCAUCCAUACCCACAACCCUCACAUCCAGUCCAUCCCCAACUCCUGUCACAACAGAGGGUAAAAACUCUGGGGCAGAGGCUGGGAUGGAUGCAAGCACGGGGAACCAGCCCAUCAGAGUGCUGGCUCCUCGGCCCUUGGGGAUCCCUCUGGAGAAGAAGCCCCCAGAUAAGAACCUGGCCGCUGCGGUGCCAGUACCAGUGACACCAGGAAACACUGUGACAGGGCCCAUGGCCUUGACUCUAGUAGAAGACGAGGAGCCGGCAACAAAAGUCACUUUCCUCAUCGGAGACUCCAUGUCUCCUGAGUCAGACACAGAGAGCCGCAGGAGGAAGGUAGACGAGGAAAUGAAAAAGCACAAGAAACACCAGCAGCUGUUGAUGAUGCAGCAGCAACACGGGCAACAUUAUCAACAGCAACCGCAACAGCUGCAGAGAGGAGCAGAUUCAAAGACCAGCAACAUUAGUGCAUCAGAGGACCAAACCAAACAGACCAAGGUGGCUCCAGCCCUACAGCGGGUGUCCAGUAAAAUGCCCCAGUGGAGCCAAAAUUGUAUGGAUGAUUUUGAUGAGUAUUUCAGCCUGGACAACCCUGUGGAGACUAGGACUAUAGACGAUGUGGCCAAACGACAGGAGGCCUGCUCCACAGACAGUAUGCACAAAGACUUGCUAGACCCCUCGGGAGUCUCCCGGCCUGGUGACUUGAGGAGUCACAGCUUUCAGGGUGCAGUGCGGGGUCAUGGUUUGGGUGUUUGUUUAGGUUCACGUAGUGGAGAGGUAGGGUCCAGCAGCAGGGGAGACACUUUGUUGGAUGUCCAGAGGAGGUGUAGGUGUGGGUCUACAGAUUCCUCUGAUGCCUGCUGCUGCAGGGGCUGUUCUGCUGAGCAGGACAAAGGUCUUCUGUUGUCAAUCCCCAUCCCACAGGAUGGAAGCGGCAACAGCAAAGAGGACCAAAAGCGUAAGGCGGGGCCCGUCAAUGACUGGGAGAUUCCGCGCAACGAGAGCUCAGACAGCGCGCUGGGGGACAGUGAGAGCGAGGAGACCGAGGACUGGCAGGAGGAAGUGCUGGUGCCCUUCCCAGGGUCUAAAUUGGUGGAGAACUACUCAAAACCAAGCAUUGCCAAUUUUGGCCGGUCGCUAUUUGGAGGCUACUGCCCCACCUACGUGCCCGACUUUGUACUGCAUGGGUUGCCCAGUGAUGAGAAGCUACGGCAGAGCCUCAUGGCUGAAUUAACCCAUGCUGUUCAGCAUCCAGUGUUGGAUGAGCCCAUAGCGGAGGCCGUCUGCAUUGUAGCAGACACAGACAAGUGGACAGUGCAGGUGGCCAGCAGUCAGCGACGAGCCACGGACGUCAACAAACUGGGGAAGGAGGUUCUGGUAUCCAGCCUGGUGUCCAGCUUAUUGCAGUCCACUCACCAGCUCUACAAACUCAACCUCUCACCCAAUUUUUGUAUAAUGCACCUUGAGGACCGCCUGCAGGAAAUCUACUUUAAGAGCAAGAUGCUCGCCGAGUAUUUAAAAGGCCAGACAAGAGUCCAUGUGAGAGAAUUGGGCAUGGUCUUAGGAAUCGAGUCCAGCGACCUCCCCCUGUUAGCCGCAGUGGCCAGCACUCACUCCCCCUAUGUGGCCCAGAUCCUGCUAUGAGACUGUAAUGGCACUGAGGUCCUAAGUAGUGAGCUGCCUCAGGAUGCCAGUCAGAUCCAGAUGGUGCCGCUCGGGCCCUGAAAAUCUCUGGCCGUCCAUGCUUUGCAGCUGACCCCCCGACAUGGUUUCCUGACCUGCGUGCCUGGGCUGAGUGGGACCUUUGCUCUGAGCCUGAGCAGCGCACGUCUUUUCGGACCACAGCUGGCGCCUCCGCUCACCACCACCACCGCUGCUGCUGAAUGUGGUGCGAUGCUGAUUCUGCACCACAGGGGGGAACUAGAGACCACAGUCCCACAGAUGGAGUGAGGUUUGCGGAUGACUGAAGCAUCCCUCACACGACCUUCUCCACUUGUUUGAAUGUUUCUUUUUAAACAAGACUCUUUUAUUUUUGGACACAAAAGCCAAAGACUUUUUUUUUCCAGUUGAGAAUGAAACUUUAAGGAUAUCUACAGUAUAAUAACAAUGGAUUUUGUUUCUUCUACUGCUUUUUUUCCCCCUGUACAAUCUUAAACCCAGUCGUACGAAGUGACGGACUACACUUUUAAAGGAAACAGAUGGACAUUUUUAACAUUACUUUGAGGUAAAUAUCACUGAGAAGAUUAUCAAUCUCAUGCCAAUUAUGUUAUUUCGUUUAUCUUCAUGUAUUUUGUUUACAAGCCAAAUUUCCCUUAGAUAUCUCAUUGACAAAUUUUAUUUACAUGUUAAAUUGCAAUGCACGCCUGACUUAAAAGCCUGUUCUCUGGCCACGUGGAGAAUCGAUGCACACCGUGAUUUUUGGUUCUACAAACUGGUUUUGCAAUGGCUAAAAGUGGCUUUGACAUUCUUAUCAUAGGUACAGCACUACCUCAGAUCUUCAAUGGGCUGUGGAUGACGCACAUUUACAGUCGCCCCAUAGAAAACCCUGAGGUAAACUUUUUAAGAUGUUUUAAUCAGAGGAAUGUCAGCUGCGUGCAGACUCUAUGCUGUGUUCUUUGAAAAAAGGGAAGGUUGUUAAAUUCCUUAAGAUGAUCGCUACACACGUCAGAAUGUGAUUAGGAGAGGAGAGGAGUCCCUUUCUACUGUGGAAAAGCUAAAACACGCAUCAUCUUCAUAUAUUUUAAAACCAAAAUGCUGAACUAUUUUCACACUUUUAUAGCUUCGCCACCUUUUUACGAUGUUUACGGCUUCGAUGUUUGCUGCAGUGAGAGGAGGAGAGGAACACGGGAGGCCUUACAGCGGAUUAAAAUAUGUAUCGGUUAACACUAUUUUCAAACAAGUUUCUAUGACGGUUAUACUCACAAAAAAAAACAAACAUGCGAAAUACAAAACUACAGUAGCACACUUCUUUUCUUUUGUUUUCUGUUUGAUUUUCCAUGACGUCGACAAAUGAAUUUGGUUGUUAUGCCAUAUAGCCAGGGUGCGAUUUGCUGAACGUAAAAGGGAGGUUGAGUUGCUUUUACGCCUUCUGAGUAUGGAGUCUCUCCUGGGCAGAAAGUGUAAGUUGCGUAGGGGCCAAUGGGACAUUAUGUCAUUGUUAUUAUUACUUUCCUGUCAUCAGUUGUAGGCAUUUGAACUGAAUAUAUAUUUUCUUUGUUUGAUUGCAGAAAAAAUAGAUUGACAUGAGUAAAAAAUAAAAGAAAUCCCUACUAAUAUACAAUAUAGUAAAGAGUCAAAAGCAGGGAGGAACUGCUGAUUUUCUAAAUAUAUAUGCCCAUCCAUACAGCACUUUACAAUACUGUGCUUUAAGGCCAGAAAUUUUAUGUUGAUGGCAAAAGAAUUGCGGGCAGAUGGACAAAGUUUGAUUUAGCCAGCAGCCAGCUCAAUAAAAAUGGUUUCUGGAAAGAAACAUUCCCAUAUUUCUUUUAAAAAAAUCCUCCUUAAAGAUUGGAGUGUGUCUCAGGCUUGAGCUUGUUGAUGGUACACAGUAAAUGCAAAGAAUGGCUUGUAUUGUUAGAAAAAUCAGGAAUAACUGUCAGUGUAACCCUGAGAACAUUGUUUUCUUUCUAUAAGCUCAAAUCGCACCCUGUAUAUGACCCAAGUCUUAACGGAGAUGUGGCAUGAAUGCAUCACAGGCUUCUGGAGAUCUCAUUUUGCUGGUAAAAUUGAUAUAGACAUGCUUGUUACUGCAUCGAAGAAGCUCCGCUGUAUCAGCCUACAUUUUGUACAACCCAGCCAUUAUGUUUAAAAGGUAUGAAUUUAUAUCCGCUUUUCCCUCUUUGUAUAUGAGUAAAUUAUUUAGUUGCCCACGGUAUGUGUAAUAGUUCAUGUAAACUGUACAUACUCUUGUUUAUUUCCAUUUAUUUGUACAGAAUGUCUUUUAAGAAUUGUCUCCUCAGAUUAUUUUUUCCCAAUUUUCUGGGAAUGUUGUGCAAUAAAGAUGCCGAUGUUAAGGA